UAAGUGGAAUAAUAAGCCAAGUAGAAACCGUGCGAUUCGAUCAGUAUAUCAUUACAUCGAAGAUUGUGUGACACACGACGCAAAGAAUUUGAAAAAAUGACCGAAAAAACGGUAUAUUUUCUCGUCUCGUUGAUCUCCGUCGUUGCUGUAGCUAACGGAUUUGGAAAUGAUGGUUUUCAAGGAUACGGCUACGGUUAUAAUCAAUACAACGCUACUAACAAAUCAUCGUCGUCUCGCUACCUGAUAAUGGGACAUCGUGAGUACGGUGAUCAUUGCAAAACUGAGCAUUUCGUCAAAGAUUCCGUUUGGUUUUGGGGAGUCGUCACGCACGAGCCAAUCUACAAAGUUGGACGAUUCGAGAGAAUAACCCAAAUCACAGCUCGCGACAAGGCGACCAACGGGAAAGGCGCCCGUGCAAAACUCACAGGGGGAGGCCCCGGAUUCAACAACGCCACUAUCAAGUUCAAGAGCGAAAGGGGCCAGGGCAUUGAUUACGAAGUCGAAAUCUGCGCGCGAUUCUGAAAAUCUUACGACAAAGCAUAUCGUGUCGGAAAUAUGAUUGGCAUUGCACCCGUUGUCAAAUUCUUCAAUGCUGCUUUUCAAAAUCUGGAGUGAAUAAAUAUGUGACGAUUCGAAAAAGUUUGA